ACACUGGCGUCAGUUCUCACCGGCUUGCCUUUGAUUAUCGCUAUAUGCAUCAAAAACGCCCUUAAAUAUACGAAUUCGUUGCGGCGUUGCUUUUGGGUGCAGCGACAGCAACAAAAGCAACAGCACAGUCAACUAACUCUAUUAAAAUUUUCCACACUUGCUGACCUACCGCCAAUAAUUCCCUUUGGCUAAUGCCGCAUUAGGUCCAUAAGCUGGUCGGUCGAGCACGACCAUCCAACUCCAAUGCCUUUCUUUAAAAAAACAACCAGCCGGUGAAUCGAGUUGUCGAUCGAACCGUUUCGCAUUUUUUGGAGUCAAUCAAUGCGAAACGAUGAGUGACGGAGGCGCAGCUGGCUCGCUCUUUUUAGAAGGAGAACGCACAAGAAGAAAUCUGGCACCGCGUUCGCAUGUGCUCUGCCGUCUUUGCGUAUGUUCUAAGAGUGUGCCCAUGAUGAUGGGUUUUGAUUGCUCGGUAGGUAAACAGUUCUUCUCACGAGCCGCAUGCCAUCUGUGAAUGCCUUCUUUUCAUGUGACUGAGAAUUGAGCUUGCCUCGGAAGCCAAUCCAUCAUCUGCUUCUUCUUCGUCGGAAUCGAAAUCGAAAUCGAAAUUUCUAAAGCGAUGGAGGUCUGGUAGAUACCGCCGCCACAAGGUCGAGAAGGAAGGAAGGAAGGAACAUGAACCGUCAGCAGAGGCCGAUGGCCGCCGCCGCCUUGCUUCCGCCGGGGAAAUCGACGGCGGAAAAGGAGAGGAAGAGUAAUUCCGUCCACCGCCUGUUUCCUUUGCUGCUCCUCACGCUGUAUGCGAUCGCCUCGGUGCUUCGACUCGCUUUGUCGUCCCCGUUUCCUACCGCCUUUGUGCAGCCGUCCGCUUCUUCUUCUUCGACAUUCUCCGCGGAGUCGAGGCAAGAAGCGGAAUCUUUGAAGACUCAUAUUCCGUCGGAGACCCACCACGUCCAGGCCGAAGAGGAGAAUCCGGUGCCGGCGCCGCCUCCGUGCUCUGCUCUCAUCGAUGGAACCGCCGUUAGCAGAAACGAGGCGGCGGCGUUCGUUUGCUGCGACCGGAGCCACAUCCGGAGCGAUCUCUGCUACGCCAGGGGCGACAUCCGCACCGACUCCGCCUCCUCGUCGGUACUGGUGCACGGAAUGUCAUCGGCGGCGGAGGCAAUCCGGCCGUACACGCGGAAGUGGGACCCGGCAAUCACGAGGACGAUUCAGGAGAUUUCGAUCCGCCCGGCGAACGGCAGCCGGAGGGCGUGCGACGUGCGGCACGAGGGCGUGCCGGCGCUGCUGUUCUCCAACGGCGGCUACACCGGGAACCUGUACCACGAGUUCAGCGACGGGCUGAUCCCGCUGUACGUGACGGCGCAGCGGUUCCGCGGAGAGGUGGUGCUGGUGGUGGCGGAGUACCGGCCGUGGUGGCUCGCCCGGUACCGCCCCCUGCUGGAGCGCCUGACCAAGUACAAGAUGGUGGAUUUCAGUCGCGACAACCGCGUCCACUGCUUCUCGGAGAUGAUCGUCGGCCUGCGGAUCCACGGCGAGCUCAUCAUCGACCCGUGGCUGAUGCCCAACGGUAACAGCGUUCGGGACUUCCAGGCGCUCCUCCUCGAAGGCUACAACGCCGUGGCCCGGUCCAAUCCCUCGCUUCCGGCCCCGGAGUCCCCGCCGUUCCUCCGGUCCCUGGUUCGGUCCACGCGCCGCGAGCCGGCGGGGCGAUGCUCCCGCAGCCGGCGGCCGAGGAUCGCGGUGUUCGUGCGCAAAGGCUGCCGGGUGCUGGUGAACCUGCGGGAGCUUGUCCGGGCGUGCCAGCGAACCGGGUUCGACGUCCAAAUCAUCGAGCCCCGGCGCGGCACACCGUUGGACGUCAUCCACCGCGCCCUCGCCCCCGCCGACGCCAUGCUCGCCGUCCACGGCGCCGCCGUGACCCACUUCCUCUUCAUGCGCCCCUCGUCGGCGCUCAUUCAGGUGGUGCCGCUGGGGCUGGAGAAGCCGGCCGAGGAGUUCUACGGCGAACCGGCCCGGCGGCUGGGGCUGGAGUACAUGGCGUACAAAAUAACGCCCGAGGAGAGCACCUUGUCGAAGCUCUACGAUCGGCGAAGCGCCGUGCUGGUCAACACCAGCGUCAUCACCGACAGAGGGUGGCAGGAGAUGAAGAAGAUCUACCUCGAUAAACAAAAUGUCAAACUGAAUCUUACCAGAUUCGGUAAGGUUCUUGCUAAAGCUUACAGCCAUGUUUGUGUAGCACGAUCAGGAAUUGAAUGAUAUUAGAUGAUGAAUCGCAUUAGUUUGUAAUUGAUACGCUUCUAUUCUUUUGUUUGUAAGUCCGAUUCAAGUGUAUUUUUUAUUUGAGACUCAAAUUAACUUUGUAAAGGUCGACUAUGACAAAAAUAGAAGUAUAUAAUGAUUUUUUAUUUAAAAAAAAAAAUAGAACGCAAGAGUUGUUAAUUUGUAAAGGUGACUUUGAACUGGAGAAAAUCUUGACCGUUCAUCAUCUUUCAUUUUCCAACGGUCCUCACGAGAGAAAUUCAAAUUUCGAAACGGCAAUAAAGGCAAACGCUCCCGUAUCUACUAGCCGUUAUUUGAAAACCCUACCGGCCCAGCCUUCUUCGCGUCGUCUGAGUCUGGAUCGUCAUUCCGCAAUCAUUCCAGAUCCAAUGGAAGAAGCUCCCAUUUCGCCCCCUUCUCCUCGCUCUCCCGUGCAGGAAGACGCUCCUAUGGCUCCUGGCGAAGCUUCGGCACAGGAAGAGAAGGAGAACACGAAGCAAGAAUCGAUCGACAAUAUCGUCCAGGCGAUCAGAGAUGAAUGCCUCGUCCCGUCUCCGAUUCUUAAAGGGGUCCCUCUCCCUGAUGUCCCGUCUGCGUUGCUUCUUAUUGGGAGAAAGUACAACACGCUGACGGAGGCUAAUCAGGGGCUAAGGGAGGAGUGCGAACACCUGAGGAAGAAGUGUGCCGAGGAAUGUGAACCUAAAUA